UAAUCGGAGAAAAAUAUACCAAACUAGAUAUUUGUGAAUCACUAGAAAUGGGAUACUAUUAGUUGUGAGACAUUUAUAUACGUGGCAUAAUCUUGGAAUAUCUAUGAAUAACUGUAGCCAGAUAAGUGCACUAUGAAACGAAAAGCAAGAUGGCACCUAAUAAUGACAACGGAAAUAAUAUUAGUAAUUCAGCUGUAGAAGAAAGACCCCAAGAUGAAUCCACUUCCCUCACACGAGACACACAGGGCCGGAGGCGAGCUUCUGAUGUGUUAUCAAAAGAGCUGGAAGAGGAAAUUCUUGGACCCAUCGAAGAUACGCUAUGUGGUGUAGGCUCUCUGAAGGGUGGCUUCUUGCAGCAGCUUGCUCACCCAGGGACAUAUUUGGUGAUUUCAAGUGUAGUUGCCCUUGUGCAGGGAAUGUUUUUCACAUAUAGCAAUGCCACCUUAUCUACUAUUGAGAAACGCUUUAGACUUCCAAGUAAAGUUUCAGGAUUUGUGACAACAGGAAAUGAUUUGAUUCAAUUACUUCUAUCAAUACACAUUACAUUUGUGGCUGGACGAGGACAUCGACCAAGAUGGCUUGCCUUGGGGAUGUUUUGCGCUGCUUUUGGUUGUUUGUUAGCUGUGAUCCCACACAUUGUUUUUGGUGCUGGUGACCUCCCUAUUCAGCCUCUGACACCUAGCCAGUCAGUAACAAGAGAUUCACUGUUAUGCCAAGCAGGAAAUCUCUCUAACACAUCUUGUGAACAGGGAAAAAAGGCAAUUGGAGUUGAACAGGCUACAGUUGUCACAUUGCAUCUCAUGGCACAGAUGCUGGCUGGCUUUGCAUCAAUGCUUUACUAUACAGUAGGCUAUUCAUAUUUGGAUGAGGCCGUGAGCAAGAAGAAGGUUCCACUUUUUCUUGCUGUGUCGGGUAGUCUCAGAAUCCUAGGUCCAGUGUGUGGAUAUUCCCUUGCUGGAUGGUCUCUCAGUUACUGGGUUGAUCCAGCCUCACCUCCUGACAUUCCACCUAGACAUCCCAGUUGGAUUGGAGCAUGGUGGAUAGGGUACUUGGUGAUUGGUUCUGCUCUGUUAGUGAUUACUUGGUCUUUGCUUCUUCUGCCAAGGAUGUUGCCUGGAGCUAGAAGGAGAGUUCUGCAUACCCUGAGAAAUGCUGCUAUGAAGGGCAAAGACUCCUUAUAUGAGGUUAUCAAAACUCUUCGACCUGCUAAAAGGGCAAAGGGUCAAGGAGGUAUAUGGUCAAGUGUGAAAAGGAUAUUGACCAACAAGAUUUACAUGCUAAUCAUAGCCAACCAAGUCCUCUUUUGGUUUGCAUUCUUUGGGUAUAUCACCUUCAAGCCAAAAUACCUGGAGCACCAGUUCAAGAUGUCUGCAGCAAAGGCUAAUCAGUACAUUGCUGGGGCGGCAAUGGCAGCAACCCUUGUCGGAUGGCUUGGCACAGGUUCUGCUCUUACCUUCUUUAGACCUCAAGCCAAAGCUGUUAUCAUCUUUAUGGCUGCUCUGUCACUUACUAACUGCAUUCUGCAUCUUUGUAUGGUGAAUAUCUCUUGUAACCAUAGCACUGUUCAUGGGAUGGAUAUGGUCAUUCAAAUAGGUCAUGAAUCUCCCUCAAGAAAUAUCACUGUUGAAUCUAUAAAAAAUGAUAGUUGUUCUUCAGGCUGUGAUUGUUCCCUUAAAUUUUCACCUGUAUGUGUUGAUGGUAUGAAAAACUUCUACAAUCCAUGUUUUGCAGGAUGUACAUCUUCAUCCAAAAGAAACGGUACCAAGGUAUAUGAAGAUUGUAAAUGUGCAGUAGAUACUUACAUGCCAUCAUAUACUACACCUCUAGAAAAUGACACAAGAGAAAAAGGUUUGGAUAAAGUAGAGCCUUCUGUGAAAGAUGGAUACUGUCAACAUGACUGUCCGACAUUCUACAUGUAUCUUGCUCUCACAGUCCUCACUAAAAUGACACAUGCUGCCAGCAGGGUGCCUGUCAACCUUAUUCUCUUUAGAUGUGUGGAAGAACGUGACAAAGAUGUUGGGCUUGGUGUGUUUAAUGCAGCAAUUGCCAUGGGUGCUUCCAUACCAGCACCAAUUAUCUUUGGCUGGGCAAUAGAUUAUUCAUGUCGUCUCUGGGAGAACUCGUGUGGGCAGCGAGGUUUCUGUUGGCUGUAUGACCUUGACAGCUACAGGUCUAUUCUUCAUGGCAUUCCUGCAGCUCUCAUGGCAUGCUGUCUCUUGACUGAGCUCCUCCUUCUAACUCAGCACAAAAAGAUCCACUUUUAUGGUGAAGAAGAAGAGAAGAAAACCAGUGACAGAAACAACAGUGCAGAUGCUACAGGAGAGGAAACUGCUGCCUUAAAUUCUGAAGCUUGCUGAUGUUAAUAGUGGGAAUCUAAGCUUAUUUUUAGUUUGUUUCCACUUUAUCUGUGCUGUAUAUGAUGUAGUUAAAAGGAGAGGAGGAAGAAACAAUUGAAAUAAUAUGAAUAUGAAUGACUAUUAUUGUGUUAAUAUAUUACAGAAAAGUACCUAAUUCGUAAAGAUUGUAUCAAUAUAUACUGACUCACUUAUAUACAUUUUAUACAUUUAUUAUGGAUGUAAAUUCAAGCACACAUGAUUGCUCAAUUAUUUAGUACAAUUGAGUUCUGUGCUCAUUAUAUUGCAGUACUUAUUAUUCAUUAAUAUGUAGUCAAUUUAUUAAGAAGAGUUUAAUAUGUUAUCAUUCCAUAAUAAUGUUGAAUUCUAAUGUUUCUCUAGAUGUUGUUGAUUCAUUUUGCACAUUUUUAAUAAAAU